AUGCACUUCCACGGACUCGGACUCGGUCUCUCUGCCGUCACCGCUCUUUGGGCUGGAGGUGUCGCCGGCGCUGCUAUCCCGGGCACGGCCAGCACUGAGGCCGUCCAGGGUGUCAAUGCAAUCCUCCGGUUCUAUCGGGAUACGAAUUUCAGAGGUCAAUGGUGGUAUGGAGGUGCCGACGACGCCAUGGGACGCUGCUUCGCCGCUCCCUGCGAAGAUUGCGUCUCUUCGAUUCAGUUCACGGGCGACAGCCAUCGAGCUGCCUGGUGCACCUUCUAUGAUCACACAGGCUGUGUGGCUCUCGGCACUCCAUUGUAUACCUCCGAGAAUAUCGCGAACUUGGGGGCUUGGAACUACAAUGACAGGAUCAAGUCCUUCCAGUGCUGGUGGCAGUGA